AUGUUGGACGCAGUAGAAUCCUCGACACAGGCACCAGCUCCUGUGAAGAAGGCCAAGAGAUUUCUAUGCAAGCAUUGUCAGAGACGCUUUGCACGCUUAGAACAUCUCCAACGUCAUGAGCGGAUCCAUACUCAAGAAAAGCCAUUCGGGUGUCGCUUAUGCGGUCAUCAUUUCACUAGGAGUGACCUGUUGAUCCGCCACGAGAGGCUCACCCACAACAAAGAUGCUUCAGCUGAUGCCCAAAGAAACGAAUAUGAUGAGAACGAAGAUGGAUCAUCGCAGUCUCGGCCAAACAAAAGGAGAGCAGCAACCCUUCCCUAUGAAAGGCACAGUAAUGGUGAGAUUUCGAAUUCUCCGCAAGGCAUCAGCGCUGGCAUGCGGCACACGAGCUCAAUGACUGAUACAAAUUUCACCUCUUCGAUGGUUGCUAAUCAAAGUGAUGAAUACUCACUUGCUGCACUUUCCAUGGCAGCCGAAUACAGUAGUCUACAUGGAGCCUUCCUCACUCCUCCCGUUCCUGAGCACAACACGUCUGCUUAUCAGCCAACACCAAAUCAGAACGAACAGAUUGAAAUGCUUUCGGAUCCCAUGGCAUUGCAGAACACUGAAAACAUGCAAGGACUGGGCCUUGAGGAGUCCCUUGAUAGCCUUGCUGCUUUCCUGGACAAUGAGCCUUUGUCCUCUUAUCACUUUUCGUCUUUGACAAGUGCCGAACAGCUACCGUUCUUUUCUCCCGAGUCCUUCAGCUAUGCGAAUGACUUCUUACCGCACCACGAAGCUCAAGUCGUUCAUGGAACUAGACUCAAUCAUCAAAAUGUCGAGGAGUCAAAUUCGUUCUCUCUGUUUGGAUCACGACUUCCUUCUCUCCAGCCAGAAGAGCCUCGAUCUCGACCAGACCACCAAACUACUCAAUCGCGUCCAUUUUACGAAGUAUCUUCCGAUGACAGACAAUGCAUUGUAUCCAAGCUUGAGGAAUUUGCUUCGACAUUGCCAGAUGACUUCCUGCUACCCACCCGCUUAGCACUUUGUCGGUACAUUGCAGCAUAUGUCAACGGAUUCCAUGAGCAUCUUCCGCUGAUCCAUAUACCGACUAUGACAAUUGAGGGCUGCGCAGUCGAACUUGUAUUAGCAAUGGCGGCUGUCGGCGCUCAGUAUUGCUUUGAGGGAGAGAAGGGAGUUGAAUUGUUCAACGCCAGCCAAGCGAUUGCAGUUCAAAGAAUCCGACGCCGAGAUGCCAGAUUAGUGAAUUUCCAUAGACGAGCUGAGUCAGAGAUGUCUGCCUUGUCCCGAGGUGUGGAUGGAACUUCAAAUUUAGGAUCCCCUAACAUGGAUACUGCCGUAUCUGGACCUCUGGGACUGCCAUCUGAACCCGAAACUUCUGCGACGAUCGAACGAGAAGACCUGAUACAGACCGCGCAGGCUCUUCUUAUCUUAAUGGCAAUGGCAACAUGGGCCAAACACAAGGAGAUUCUUCGCGAAGCACUUGCUAUCCAGAGUAUCUUGGCGACCCUCAUCAGAGAUGAUGGCCUCAAAAGUCUGACAACACCUGAGGAUGUUUCGUGGGAAGAAUGGGUCCGCAUUGAGAUCACGAAAAGAACGAAAUUGAUCGUCUUCUGCUUUUUCAAUCUUCAUUGUAUCGUAUACAACAUACCUCCACUCAUUCUGAAUUCUGAAAUCAAGCUAUCACUACCAUCCAGUGCAGCAGAGUUCAAAGCUCAGUCUGCUGAAGCAUGGCGAGAAGCUAGACAGAACGGUCUCAUUAUACUUGAGUUCCAAGAAGCUUUACGACGUCUCUUCUCACGGGGCGGAAAAGAUAAGACAGAAUGGAACUCUUCACUUGGAAAUUAUGUUCUGAUUCACGCGCUUAUCCAACACAUCUUCUUCGUCCGCCAGAUUGCAAAGUGUCGCUAUGACGGACCUGACCUCAAAUCAGAAGAAGUCACGUCACUGGAACAUGCUCUACGCAAUUGGCAAAUUGGAUGGAAACGCAAUCCGGAAUCGUCUCUUGACCCCACAGACCCAAAUGGACCUGUAGCUUUCAACUCAACUGCACUCUUACGUCUAGCUUACAUAAGACUGAAUGUUGAUACCGGACCUGGUCGAGCAUUGGAUACGCGUGAUCCUAUCCAGAUUGCGAAUGCUUUCCGCGAAAGUCCAGCAAUCAAGCGGACGCCGAAGCUUGUUCGAGCAGUCUUACAUUCUGCUCACGCUCUCAGUGUUCCAGUAAAGAUUGGAGUACGUCUCGUGGCAAAAACGCAGACGUUUAUCUGGUCCAUUCAGCAUUCGCUUUGCUCUUUAGAAUGUGCUUUCUUGCUUAGCAAAUGGCUGGAGGCAUUGUCUCAGUCCAAUCCAGAUCCACCGAUAACAGAAGAUGAGAGGAAAAUUACUGCUCUCGUGAAGACAAUGUUGGAUGAGACCGAGUUUGCGGUGCCAUCAGAUAUGCCACUUGAUUCAGCUGCUACCCGGAAGUUUCUCAGUGCAGGCGUUUUGCGAGUUUGGGCUACGAUAUUCAAGGGAGCUCAGACAUGGGCAAUAGUUGAUGUUAUUGGCAGCUCUUUGAACAUCUACGCUGAUAUGCUCGAACCUAACUGA